AUGGCCGAGAAGAAAAUCAGGACUCCAGAUGAGAUUGAAUCAUUUGAUCCUGCGGCCGCCAACGAAGCGCUGCAGGAAGGCAGUGUGCUCAAACACGUGAGCAGUACCCAUGAUGCCGUUUUUGGUGAAGUGACUGAGGGUGGACCCCAUUAUCGUAGCGUGGGAUGGCUUGGAACCGUUGCCUUGAUGCUGAAAACCCAGAUUGGCCUAGGGGUUCUCUCCAUCCCCGCAGUAUUCGACACACUCGGCAUUGUCCCGGGAGCCAUAAUCCUCUGUGUGGUCGCUGGAAUCGCUACCUGGACCAGCUAUGUAGUGGGUGUUUUUAAGCUCAACCAUCGCGAGGUCUACGGGAUGGACGACGCAUGCGGCUGGGCUGACUUUGACCAAGAUUGGAUUUUCGUUGCUGGAUCUGGAAUCCUCGGCGUCAACAUAGGUUUGAACGCGGUUUCCUCCCAUGGAGCCUGCACCGCGAUCUUUGUCGUGGUCGCUACUAUUGCUGGUUUCUUAUUAGCCAGCAUUCGCACUCUGGACAAGAUUAGUUGGUUAGCAUGGCUAGGAUUGGCCUGCAUUCUCGUCGCAGUUCUUCUUGUGACCAUCAGCGUCGGCAUUCAGGACCGGCCUUCUUUGGCGCCCCAGGUUGGCCCUCGGACCUCGGACUUCAGAGUGACCAACUCGCCCUCAUUUACUGAUGGGGUAUCGGCCGUCUCCUCCCUGAUUUUCGCCUGCUCUGCCACGCCGGCCUAUUUUCAACUCGCCGCCGAGAUGCGUGACCCCCGCUUUUUCACUCGCGCACUGGUUGUCAGUCAGACCUGCUCCACCGUUCUCUAUCUGGUGCUACCAAGCAAGUACAUCUUCGUUCGUCUCCUUCGUGGUUCGAGGCACCUAACCUCGAACUCCGUGGUUCACUGGUGUAUUUGGCUCGCGUGUACCCUGGGAGCGUCCAUCAUUGCGUACCUGAUUGCCAGCGGCAUUCCAUUCUUUAAAGAUCUCGUCUCGCUCAUCGGUGCACUGCUGGGGAUCUUCCUCGCGUACCAGCCGACGGGAUGUAUGUGGUUCUACGACAAUUGGCACACGCGCAGCCGCAGCUGGAGAUGGAUGCUCUUGGCCACCUGGAGUGUGUUGAUCGUCGUGGUCGGCUGUUUCAUGACCGUGGCCGGCACCUACGGGUCGAUCGUCAGCAUCGUUGACCCCCUGAGAGCGGACGGCGGCACGAAACCUUGGACUUGCGCGGAUAAUUCCAACUCCUGA